AUGACGAUUGUACUUGCCCACCCCAACCAAUCCACACUGCUCACACGCCGUGCUGGCCCUGCUGCUGCCCGCCGCCCGAGUCCUCCCUACUGGCUCGCCUGGCAACGAGACCCCCAUCUCGAGGUUGCUGAUCUGCGCUCAUUCUACAACCGCGAGCGCACCCGCACCGAGAAUAUCAAACGCACUGUCGCCUCCCGUCGAAAGACUCGUGCGCAAUCACCAUCCGCCCAAUCACCGGAGCCCGAGGAGCCACAGCCUGUACUCAUAAAUCCACCUAUGCCUGCCCCAGCCCCAGCUCCAGCUAUUGUCCCACCCCCGCUCCCGCCCCCGCUCCUGUACCCAUUCAGCCCGAGAAGCAGCUAG